GGGCCGGCUACUGUCGUCGCCGUUCCUGUGUUUGUAUGAAUGGCAAGAAUCGCAGGGUUUUCUUUACUUUUACAAUUCCCGCUGCUUCAUCUUCAUCUCCCGAUACUCUGAGAGGUGCUGAGCCAGAGCAACUGCCAGGUUGAGUGAGUGAGUGUGAAAAUCGAGCAAUGGGAGCUUAUUGCAACGACAACCUCCAUCCGUCCUCGAUGCACGGCUUCCUUUCCUCCGAAGAUCUCAGGCUCUACAAGCACGUCCACGAUAACGUCCACGGCAACAUUUACCUCGACCCCGUGGAGGAUUUUGAUCAUUUUCAGCCUGCGUUCGUUAAUCCCUUGAUUCUUGCGAGUUAUAAAUAGGUUCUGAAUUCUUUUAGACAGCACAAGUGAAGUAUGAAAAACUAUAUGGUAUCCAGAAAUGCUGUAUUCGAAAGCGUAUUGAGAUUUUUUUUUUAUUGGCACCGGGUAUCCAGGAAAGCGUAUUGAGAUUUGGACUCUUAUCUGUUCGAUAUUCGUGUCAAGUUUUGCUCAGGAAAGAAAUAAAAAAAAAGUUAUUGAAUUAAUAGCAUUCAGUUAAGGGGAUUAAAUUGCUUACUGUUUUAUCUUUUGGAUGCAGCUCUGUUUGAAGUUUAUUGAUACCCAGGAGUUUCAAAGGCUUCGUGACCUAAAGCAGCUUGGUCUUGCACACUUGGUUUAUCCAGGUGCUGUGCAUUCCAGGUUUGAACAUUCUCUUGGGGUGUAUUCGCUUGCAAGUGAAGCCGUUCACAAGCUUAAAAAUUAUCAGGGUUUGGAGCUUGGAAUUGAUCACUUUGAUAUUCAAACAGUGAAACUUGCAGGGCUUCUGCAUGAUGUGGGCCAUGGGCCUUUCAGUCACUUGUUUGAACGGGAAUUUCUUCCUAGGGUUCUUGCUGACCAUUGGUCUCAUGAGGAAAUGUCAGUGAAGUUGGUUGACUGUAUUGUUGAUGAGCACCAUAUUGACGUUGACCCUGAAAUGAUUAAAAGAGUCAAGGAGAUGAUACUGGCAAGCUCUAACUAUUCACUGCCAAAAGGUUCAAGGGAGAAGCGGUUCUUGUAUGAUAUCGUUGCAAAUGGCCAAAAUGGAAUUGAUGUGGACAAGUUUGAUUAUAUCAUUCGUGACUGCCGAGCAUGUGGUCUUGGAUGCAACUUUCAGUUUCAGAGGUUAAUGGAGACAAUGCGAGUAAUGGGUGAUGAGAUUUGCUAUCGAGCUAAAGAAUACCUUACCAUCCACAAGUUAUUUGCCACUCGAGCAGAUCUGCACCGAACAGUUUAUACACAUUCCAAAGUCAAGGCAAUAGAGCUUAUGGUGGCAGAUGCACUGCUAAAGGCAAAUGAUUAUCUUGAGAUUUCAUCGUACACUCAAGAUCCUUCUGAGUACUGGAAGCUAGAUGACACAAUAAUUAAGACUAUCGAGACCGCUCCAAACCAAGAACUAAAGGAAUCUAGGGACUUGAUCCUGCGUAUUCGCAGCAGGAAUUUGUACCAGUUUUGCAAUGAGUAUGCUGUACCAAAGGACAGACUAGAAAAUUUCAAAGAUGUCACUCCUCAAGAUAUCGUCUGUUCCCAGAAAAAUGGUGGAGUGAUACUAAAGGUGGAGGAUGUUGCUAUUAGCAAUGUCAGGAUUGAUUUGACUCGCGGAAGGCAUAAUCCUCUAGAGAGAAUCAACUUUUUCAAGGAUUAUGAGAGUGAUGAUAAGUUCCCCAUACCUGAUGAUCGUGUUAGUCACUUGCUACCUACAUCAUAUCAAGAUAUGAUAGUGAGGGUGUAUUCUAAAAAGCCUGAACUGGUGGGGGCAAUUUCUGAGGCUUUUGAAAAUUUCCAGUUACAGACGUAUGGGAUUAAAGCACAAGUUCAUUCAACACCAGAGAAGAAGAAACAACGCCGUCUAUAAGGUUACCAUGUUGUGUUCACCUUUAUGUUUUUCUCCAUGAAUAGAAGAAUUAAGAAAUUUAUCACCAUUCUAUAUUGUCUUUCUGCCAAGCUUUUUGCUGUACUGAAACUUUGUAUACAGUUUAAACAUCACACGACACAAAAAGCUUUUUGUAAGGAGUGAGUUUCACCCUCAGUACUGUCCUUUCGUCAUUAUGUUUUAUUAAAGGAUAUGCUCCCAUUGUGUAGAUUUGUGUAUAGUUGGUUAUUUUUUUUAAACUUGUAUGACUAAGUAAAUGCCAAUGAAACAGCAAGCUUCUAUUUCCUUUUA